CGCAUCUUUGCGCACACCAGACGUCCUUCAUGCACAAGCCUUCCAAUGAGCUACACCUACAUGAUGGUGGCUUCAGCCUUUGGGGCAGCAUGAGUAUUGGGACUCUUCAGCCUCCAGCCUGAUUGACUUUCUCAUCGAGUAUAAACUUCCUCUUGCCCCAUAGCUGGCCUUGCACCCUUCCAGUAAACUCCAUACUACAUCACACUCUACGACUCAACCUCGUCGUCAUUACCAAUGGGCAACAGCUUUGGCUUCUUAAGAACCCAGUCUAAAGGAGGCUUCCAAUUCACCGUCUUGAAUGCCUGCAAGGCUGAAGGCAUAGACUUGAACCAGACUUGUAGCCUAACUUUUAGCCCCAGCCAUGAACUCGUUUCCAUCGGUAAUGUCACCAGAGGGGAAAUGAAGCCAGAACCAGGGAUAGCAGGGAUAGGCAUGUGGUUCGCUAUGAUUCUGUUCUUCGGCGUCGUCGUAAUCGCUUUGAUAUUUGUAGUCCUUGAGGUAAUGUCAAGGUCAAGUGUCCCUUCCCUCGCUUACUUCAAAGACUCGCCAGUCAGCAACCCAGAUGAUCCGAACUCGAAGCGAGGAAAGAGAGACCUGUUCAGGGCAGCAGGACGGACCUUUGUGCUCGGCGUGUCAGACACCCAGACCAUCUUCGUCGGAGCCUUUCUCCUCAGUUUCGCUGGCCAGAGCAAGUGCCGGUUGACGAGCUACCACUUCACCGUGGCUAUCAACCAGAUGAUGAUUGCCUUGUCCGUGAUGACUUUUUCAGUCGCGCUGGUCCGGACAUAUUGGCGCAAUCCACUCGCAGCAGCUUUCCGACUUCUACUGUCUGUUGGAUCUUUCAUCGGAGUCGGCCUCACCAUCUUCAGAGAAGCCAACUACGCACCGGACUGGCCGCCCCCAAGCAGUCGAAAGGACAGUGCGAUCCUACUCCCAGUGGCCUGCUUACUGGAGUCUGAUCUAAAAUCGCGUGCUCAAGAACAAGCGGAACAAAACCAAGCAGAAUUGGGAUUCGGGGGCUCAUCCGCCUUGCCCGGGCCCACUGAACGGUACUUUUUUAUAAUCCUGAUCAUAGCCUUUAUACUAGCGCACGCCUCGAUAAUCGUCCGCUUCUUAGAGAACAAAGAUCAUGCACCGGAGCAAUGGACGAGGUAUCGCGGAUGGUUCACCGUCGUCUAUUGGCCUUGGAUGCUGAUUCCGCCUACCUUCACAUCAGUUUGGUGCUGGGUACGUGUGUACGAAACGCGAGAAUGGGUCAAGAACUCUGGGUGGAUUGCAUUUCCCAACCCGGAGAUGAUUAUUUGGGACUCGGGUCAAUUGAUCGCCAUGGGCGUGUUGAUAACCGUCAUGAUGAACAUGCUGACGGAAGCGUACAAGAGAGAACAGAAAGGUGCCCAGAGAAAUGAUGGUGCGAGAUUUCAGCGGUUGCGUAGUGUGGAGGGCGUGGAUAGCCGAUUUGAAGAGGAUCAGUCAGAUUCUUAUCCUAUGGCGAGGACAUAUAAUGCAGGAGCAAGCAGUUGAACCCCUUGGCUUUGCUCCUCGUAUGCAUAGAUAGAUUGU